ACCAAUACCAAGUGGUUGGGAGGGCUCUUCCCAUGGAACCAGAUCAGCACCCUAAGAUCUACCGAAUGAAGCUCUGGUCCAUCAAUAAGGUUCGCGCCAAGUCCAAGUUCUGGUAUUUUCUGAGGAAAUUGAAAAAGGUGAAGAAGAGCAAUGACCAAGUGUUUAUUAUCAACAAGGAUUUUUGUAAUAAGGUUGGAAAUGUCUUGAGGCAAAGUGUUGCUUUCAGCACAAAAGCACUUGUUUCAUCCAUGCUUAAUUACAUUCGCUGCAUGUUUUCAAGCAAGCUUUUCAUUGGAGGCCUUUCAUAUGGAGUUGAUGAUCAGUCUCUUAAGGAUGUAUUUUCUGACUUUGGAGAUAUGGUUGAUAGUAAAUUUGGCUCACUUUCAUUGCUGUUACAUGGUGUCCUAUUUCAACCACCCGCCAGCCUCACUUUACCAUAUGUUCUUCAGUUUCCUUUGUUGUCAUUAUAAUUUUUCCAUGGCAUUAUAAUCACAGCAAGCGUAGCAUUUUAUGUCAUUCCUAAAUAACUAUAAUUGUUUUUGUGCUGGUGUAUUCAAUGGAAAAUUUCUUGGUUUUCUCAUUUAUAUUGUUGCUUUUUUAAGUUCUUCAUAUUAUGAACCAACCUCAAUUUGACACUCUGUUUAUUGUCGUCUAUUUCAUUGUUUUAAUUGUAUUAAGGCCUAACUUUAGCUUCUGCUUCACACGGUAUGGCAAACAUUCUGUGUUGUGUAAUUGAUUUCUUUGAGGUUAGUUCUAUUUGGCAGAGUUCCAAGUCGUAUUAUGAUAUCUGAACUUUGAAGUUGUUUCCUAUCCUUUUUAGCACAUGUAAUUUUUAACAUAGUAUCAAUGUUUUAAUUUUCCAUGUUAAGAGUUUUUACCGUCACUAGGUGCAAUUUAGUUCUGUAUUUAACUAUUACAUUUUGGUUAGGUUUGUUGAUGAGAUCUUCCAUGAUUUAAAUGAAGAAGUAAGGGCUACGGCUGCAAGAGGCCAUGGUCUUAUGGCUCGUGUUAAACAGCUUGAGAGGUUGAAGUUCCUUCAUUGGAGAAGGCUUUUUUUUCUCAAACUCAUAUUCCUCAUUCUAUACAAAUGGAUGUUAGAUUUCUCUUUACAGAGUCCC